UCUCCGCCGCGCCUCACCCUUGCUCGAAGAGUUUUACAACAAAAGACAGACAACUCGGGGAAAGUGUUUUUUCAGCGGAGUUGCAUGGGAAUUUAAGACUAAACGGGAAGAGAACAAAGGGGAGGGACGGUCCGGGCUGAUGGAUCCACAGAUGAGAUAGCGCUCUGCCCCAUCUCUCCCCAUCCUUCCCCGGCGGACGGACGGCUCUUUUUCUUUCCGGAUGAUGUAACUGUUUUAUGACAGACCAAGCUUGGAUGUAUGCUCUGCUCAUAUUUCUCUAUAAUAAUCAACGCACGGUACGGUAAUAUCCAAAGGCACCCCCCUCCCCAGGUUUUAGGAGCCCGUGUGUCGGCUUGUGUGAGGGGGCUGAGCUCAGCGGGACGUUGCGCAGUGUUCCCCCAGAGGUCUGCGAGCGGUGGUGCAGUCAUGUGGCAGAGGAUUCAGAUUUGCUGCGCACUGUUUGCACUGUAUUCAGCGGCACCGCCUGCACACAUCAACCGCCUGGCGCUGUUCCCUGACAAGAGCGCCUGGUGCGAAGCCAAGAACAUCACGCAGAUAGUCGGGCACACGGGAUGUCAGCCUCGCUCUAUUCAAAACAGAGCUUGUCUGGGCCAGUGUUUCAGUUACAGCGUCCCCAACACAUUCCCACAGUCAACGGAGUCUCUGGUGCACUGCGACUCCUGCAUGCCUGCCCAGACACAGUGGGAAGUGGUGACUCUGGAGUGCCCGGGCAAUGAAGAGUCUCCUCGUGUGGAUAAGCUGGUGGAGAGGAUCUUCCACUGCAGCUGCCAGUCCUGCAAUAAGGAAGGUGCCCAGGAGGGGGCAGUGAUGCAGCUCUAUCCAGCAGACAACGGCCUGGACUCUCCGUCUUUAUCUGACACCCUCAGUGGGGCUCAGUCUCACCCUCUGCCCCAUUCAGACACGCACUCUAAGCAUGGUCACCCACACACAGAUCAUCACACACUACCACAUACAUCAGAUGGAGGGUAGGUCUGUCAUUUGUCUGUCGGU